AAAAAAAUGACAACCGGCGUUUAAAACAAAACGUUUUUAUAUUCUUUUCGGUCUUCAUUUCAUAUAAUAAAAAAUUGUGCAUUUAUAAUUUUCAAAAAUCAAUAAUUAAUAUAAUAAUUGUUUUGUGUGUUAAUGAAGUUUUAAAUAAAUUCAUCAUUUAUAAAUUUAAUAAACUAACUCCAGCAAAACAAAAAUGAAUCAAACACAAAUGAUUGCACAGGCAGACUAUCUGGACUAUGCUGGCAGCAUGCUGGAACGGCAUGAUUUAAGAGAUAUCUCAUCACCUGGAUUAUUAGAGUUAACUGGUGUUAGUCAACAUGGAAUGGCAUCUGCAAGUGGAUUGAAUGAUUACGAUUAUGAAAAUCUAUCAAAACUUUCCCUGGGACACAAGCAAUUGGAACAAGUUACAACAGUUAAUAAAAUUCCUAUUCCCUCAGAGAUUUUGGAACAUUUUAAACAUAUUAAAUGUCACUGCAUGAUGGGAUUGUUUCCAGAAAUCAGCCGAGCAUGGCUAACCAUCGACUCAGAAAUAUAUAUUUGGACUUAUGAACAAGCCCGUGAUGUCGCCUAUUACGAUGGUUUGAAUCACUUGAUUGUGAGUGUCGGAUUGGUUUGUCCCAAACCUGGUGUGUUCAUUGGAGAUGUUAAAUAUUUACUGGUGCUAGCUACAUCGACUGAAAUCAUUGUUUUAGGAGUAACAUUUGGCGAUUCAACAAAAACAAUUUCCUCACCAAGUAGAAAUAUGCAGAGCAUAGCUACUUAUGAGGAAAUGCAACUUAUGAAUAAACCCAUAUUCAUUUUGAGUACAGACAAUGUUACGAUAAAUGUAAUUCAGGGCAGUAACAGUGGCAGAACCUUCCUUGGUGGUCGAGAUGGAUGUUUGUAUGAAAUUUACUAUCAAGCUGAGUCAAGUUGGUUUGGUAAAAGAUGCAAAAAAAUCAAUCACUCGCAAGGAAUUGUUUCGUAUAUGGUGCCCAGUUUUCUUAAAGUCUUUUCGGAAACUGAUCCAAUUGCAAAGAUUGCUAUUGACAAUAGCCGGCAACUUUUAUAUGUUCUCACUGAAAAGGGCGCCAUUGAAGCGUGGGAUAUGGGUGAAGAUUGCAAUUCAAUGAGGCGAGUGGCAAGACUAACUCAAAAUGAAAUUGCUUAUGCUUCCAGUAGUAUCAUCAAGACUGUAGAUCCAUCAGUGUUCAAAACCAUCAAAUCCAUCUGCCCACUAACUUCAGACGAUUGUCAAAAUCUUCAUCUUCUGGCAGUUACACAAUGUGGUGUUCGUUUGUUUUUCUCGACAACAUCUCUCAUUCAAAGUCACUAUCAACAGCAACAACAAAUGCAGCAACAACAACAGCAGCAGCAGCAGCAACAACAACAGCAACACCAACAACAAAUGCCACCAUCUUUCGUCGAUCAAAAUAAGCCACAAGGAUUGUAUCUUUUGCAUGUGCGUCUCCCACCCGGUUAUACACCAAAUACAACUAUAAAUAAACCAAAGCAGGUGCAUUCAGCUCACUACAAUGAAGGAACUCUUCUCUUGGUCUCAACUCCCCAACAAGACCAAGACAUCCUUUGGUCCAUUAGUUCAGCACCUUUCCCUAAUCGUCAGUUCCUUACCGAAUCCACAACAGUACUACCACUUGAUGGAAUAGUUUGGUCUUUAGCUGAGGUCAAAGACCGUUGCAAAACCAAGCUCAAUUCAAUCCUGCGAAAUGCCCAAAAACCCAAAAAAGUAGUACUUCUUACGAAUCAAGGAGCCCACAUCAUUGCACUCCUCAAACCAACUGAUAUUCUGCAACAGCUCUUAAUUGCCUGUCAUGGACCACAUCAUGAAGCGGUGAAAGCAUUUUUCCAGGUUCUUACAGAACGAGAAGCCUGCGCCACUAGUUUAUUACUCGCAUGUUCUGAACUCUAUCGAGGAACUGACUUGGCUAUGUGGGCAUCUCAGGCAUUUAUGCUAUACGGAGGAGAACCUGGAAUUCAGCAUCAAAUGAUGAUGGGCGGACCUGGCCAAAGAGGUGGACAACAUAUGAUGCAGUCACCGAUGGCAGGACCAUCCGACCGAAAUACCCCCCAAAUGUUUAUGUCUACUCCGAUGACAAUGCGAGGAGUUCAACCUCAGACUUCUAUGCAUCAAUCGCAGUAUCCCUUAAGUCCAAUUUCUAAUCAAACAACAAUGUAUGGAGCAUCAAUUCAACCGCCGAUGAAUGAUAUGGCAAGCAUUAUCUAUUCAGCAAAACACGAUGGUCUCUAUAUCUAUGUAGCUCGUUUGGUUCGUCCAAUUUGGAAGAAACGCUGCGUUGACUCUAAUUUAUGUAGCACUCUUAGCCAAGAAGACUGUACGUUAAUUCUAGAAGAUCUAUAUGCAAUCAGGGCUUUUCUCGAAGCAAAUUCUGUGAAUGAAUUAUCUUGCAUCAGUCGGCCAUACAGUGCCCAAUCAACUAUGACAAAUGGAUUUGGUCACCUGUUGCAAAAUACUAACAUGAAUGACCAGAGAAAUGCCAACGAACAAGCUCAAACUGAAGAAAAAAGAUCACUAACGGCCUUGAAUUACUUCAUAAAACACACUUGUGAGGUUAUUGCUCUGUGGAAGAUUCUCUGUGAACAUCAAUUCCAGAUUCUUGUCAAUCAAUUGACUAAGGAACAGCAGAGUAUUCUAGCUUCUUGCACAUUCCGGGAUCUGACUUUAUCACGAGCUGAUUCUUGUGCUCUUCUUAUUGUUGCUCUUAUUAAUUCUUAUCUCAAAGAUAAUGCUAGUGUUAGUCCAAUUUCUACUAAACUAAGAGAUGUUUGUCCAAAUUUGUAUCGACAUGAGGAUGCAGUUUCAUUCAAAGCUACGGAAAUUCUUAUGAUGUCGAAAAGUUGCGGUAUUCCCGAUGAGAAAAAUGAAAGAUUAAGAACGGCAUUGCAAUUGUGUAAAGAUGCAGCUCCUAAUUUGCCCUUGCAAAAUAUUUGCCAACAGUUCACUUUAGCUGGGUUCCAUGAAGGAGUGAUUGAAUUGACAGCCACAUGUGCAGCUAAAAUUGAUCCCGAAGAAUUUGGCAUUCAUUUCUAUAACAGUGACGAGCCAGCUGAGGAUCGGGAGGGAUUUGCUGCCUAUGCAGCUAGAAUGAGUUGCUACAAAGAAGUCCGUCUUAUGCUGGAUCAUGUGUAUCAGACAAUUUGCAAUACAAGUGCUAAUCAAGAAUUUGCACGACCUGUAUGUCCUGCUGAAGACCAGAAUCCCAAUAUGGCCAUAAUGCGUAUUGUUGCUUUAGUUGUCCAAAUUACUGAUCCCCUUUUACAUGUUUGCAUCUAUGAGUGGUUGAUGGCACAUGACAUGCUCUCAGAAUUGUUAGCACUGGCUGAACCCACAUUGGGAGAGUUUUUGCGUCGAGCUGUUGUUAGAAAUCCAGAAAAUCUUAAAUUAAUUGAUUUGCUGUGGAAGUAUUACGAGAAGAAUGGUCAUCAUUCGCAGGCAGCAAGAAUUUUGGACAACUUGGCAACAACUCCAAGUGAAAAUAUUCCGUUAGUCCAGAGGAUUGAGUAUUUGGCUAGAGCUGUGAUGUGCAUGAGAAACGAUGGUGUGGGAUAUUCGACUAUGAAUGGUAUUCUCCUAAAGGAUUUAGAAGAUAAGUUGGAAAUUGCUCGUGUCCAAAAAGUGGUUCUAGAUGCUUUAUCGGCUCUUGCCAUCGACAAUAAUCCCAAUGCACGAAAAGCAGUAGCAGAUCUCAACUUUACACUUUACGACAUCACUCAGUUGUAUCAGAAUUUUGCUGAUCCAUUUGAGCUGUGGGAGUGUAAGUUGACCAUCUUGAACUGUUCGCAUCACAACGAUCCACUUCUGAUCGAAUCGGUGUGGGGUCAAAUCUUGAAUAAUGCUGUAGAAGGUUCCGGUAGCCAGCAAGAGAAAUCUACGCGACUCAUUUCCAAAGUUCAAUCGUUGGUUAAAGAGUUUGGUGAAUCGGGGCAUUGUUUUCCAUUGGCGUUCCUCGUAAGGGAAUUAGAAAUCAAAGCUUGCCAAUUAAGACUGAGUGAAGGUGCCAUUCCGGAGGCGUUAGUCAGCAUGGAUUUAGAUGUGGAGUUGUUGAUGGAUUAUUAUGCAAGAAUGAUUUCGAUGAAUGAAAGAGUUUGGGCAAACGAAGGCAACGAAUGGCACUUGGUACAGUCAUCUAUUAAAGUUGUUAAUCUUUUAGCCAAUAGUGCGAAUACCAUUCCAACGAGAUCGAAGAGAAGAAUUGUAGCUAAAGCUCAGGAUAUUGUAUCGGCGUGUUUGAACUUGUGUUAUCCUAAACCUGGUACAGAUCGCUUACAGCAAGCUCUCAAGGAACUACAAAGUCGAUUACAACGAAUUAUUUGAUGAACAAAAAUUUACCAAUCUCCACCCGGACGAUGAGAAGCCCAAUUAAAAUAUUUGAUUUUCACUUUUCUUUUUAGUUUAGUAUAUUAUAUUUUUUAUGUAAACUAGUUAUUAUUUUUUUUUCUUAUGUUGAAUAAAAAAACAAGACAAAACACAAA